AUGCCAACACCCAAAAAGUUUGUGUUGGUGAAGAAGAUGUGGGAGGGACAGGCAACGUCUCAAGUUGUGCUACUUCGCCAUCCUCGUCAGACAGUGAUUGGUUUCUGGGGAGACCGUGAGGAUAGCGGUCACCACUGCGAGUCGCCCAUGCACAAUCAGACAAUCGACAGGCACUCCUACGGUGUGAUGAAGGCAUUGACGAUGGUCUUCAGUGCACAACAAACUUGCUGA